UGGUUAACAAUAUCUAUGAUUUGACUAAUACCGAUGGGUUAGUGAGAUUACGUGUCCAAAAACGAUCUGUCGAUCAAGCGCAAGCUUGGAAUGAACCGUCUCUUGGCCCAGCUAUCCCAACUCCGAGCUGCCGAUCUCCGCUUCCGCGACCUCCUAAAGCUCUGUGUCGCCCGCCGCGACCUCGUCGCCGGCCGUGCUCUCCACGCCCUCUUCCUCAAGUCCCAUGUGCCUCCAUCCACCUACCUUGCCAACCAUUUCAUCCUCCUCUAUUCGCACUGCGGCCACCUCCCUCUCGCCCAGCAGUCGUUCGACGAAAUACCCCAACCGAACGUUUUCUCCCACAACGCCCUGCUCGCGGCCUACGCCCGCCUCUGCCACCCUGACGCUGUCCGCCGCCUCUUCCUCCGCAUCCCCUCCCCCGACCUCGUCUCCUACAACACUCUCCUCUCCGCCUACGCCGCCGCCAACGGUGGCGCCUACGCCGGCGAUGCCAUCCGCCUCUUUUCUCGCAUGCGCUACCUUGGCUCCGACGCCGACGGCUUCACCCUCUCCUCUGUCAUCUCCUCUGUCGUCGGUGCAGUCGAGCAGUUCCACUCCGUCGCCAUCGCCUCAGGUCUAGGCUCCUAUAUCUCCGUGAACAACGCCCUCAUCAGCAGCUACAGCAAAGGCGGCUUUUUGUUCGAAGCCGAGCGGGUUUUCGAUGAGAUUUUCUGCGAAAGGGAUGCGGUUUCUUGGAAUUGCAUGAUCGUUGCGUUCGGGCAGCACCGUCAGGGACUAAAAGCCCUCAACUUGUUUCAGACAAUGGUGAGGAAAGGCUUCGAGGUUGACAUGUUCACGCUCGCCAGCGUGCUCACAGCAUUCACUGCCGUGAAGGAUUCAGCUGGCGGUGCACAGUUCCAUGCGCAGAUGAUCAAGUCCGGUUUUGCAAUAAACUCUCAUGUGGGCAGUGGCUUGAUUGACCUGUACUCGAAGGUUGGCUGGAUAGUCGAUGCGAGGAAGGUCUUCGAGGAGGUUCAUAAUCCUGAUUUGGUCGUAUGGAACACAAUGAUCUCAGGGUACUCGCUCAAUGAUGAGUUCUCAGAGGAAGGCCUUGAAUGCUUCCGCCGUAUGCAGCGGGCUGGUUUUAAGCCGGAUGAUUGCAGCUUUGUGUGUGCGAUCAGUGCGUGCUCAAAUUUGUCAUCCCCAUCGCAGGGGAAGCAAAUGCAUGGACUAACCAUUAAGACUGAAUUGCCAAGCAACCAAAUCUCUGUUAACAAUGCACUAGUUUCCAUGUAUGCGAAGUGUGGAAAUCUCAAGGAUGCGAGUAUGCUUUUUGAGAGGAUGCACCAACGCAACACGGUCUCAUUCAAUACUAUGAUAGCGGCUUAUGCUCAGCAUGGACUUGGUUUGGAAGCAUUGGAGCUGUUCAAAGUGAUGCUUGAUUCAGAUAAUGAGCCCACAAGCAUCACAUUCAUCUCGGUGUUGUCUGCGUGUGCUCACACUAGGAGGGUCGAUGAAGGAUGGGAGUAUUUUGAUUCUAUGAGGCAAAAGUAUAAUAUUGAACCCGGAGAAGAACAUUAUUCAUGCAUGAUUGAUCUCCUGGCUCGCACCGGGAAGUUUGAGGAUGCCAAGAAGCUAAUUGAAUCGAUGCCCUUUGAUCCAGGCUUGAUAGGAUGGGCUACUUUGCUCAGUGCUUGCAGGACCCACGGAAACUUGGAGGUUGGAGCAAUGGCAGCAGAGAAGCUUCUCCAGCUGGAUUCUUCUAAUGCAGCUGCUUAUGUGAUGCUCUCAAAUAUUUAUGCCAGCACGGGUAGAUGGGAUGAGUUUGCGAAAGUACGAAAACUGAUGAGAGGCAGGGGAGUGAGGAAGAAACCUGGAUGCAGUUGGAUCGAACUGGGGAAGCAAAUCCAUGUAUUUGUUGCUGAGGAUGUAUCACAUCCAAGGAUUAAGGAAAUUUACUUGUUCUUGGAGGAGAUUUCGAAAAAAAUGGAACAGGCUGGGUAUGUCCCAGAUAUGUCAUUGGUGCCUAUAAGGGACAACAUUGCUGAACGUGACACGAGGCUCGGAUAUCACAGUGAGAAACUCGCUGUUGCCUUUGGGUUGAUCAGUACUGGAGAGGGUGUGCCUCUACUGGUGGUGAAGAAUCUUAGGAUAUGUGGAGAUUGCCAUAACACAAUCAAAGUUGUUUCUGCAAUGACUGGAAGGGAGAUCACUGUGAGGGAUGCACACAGGUUUCAUUGUUUCACCGCUGGAAGUUGCUCCUGUGGAGAUUUCUGGUGAUAUAACCUUCAAGCUGACUAGUGUACUUUUCGCUUGGAACUCAGUUAUCGCAACACUGAUCCAAUCAUCUAAAGAAAUUGCUGUCAGCAGGUUCGGAACUUGUUUUUCUGGAGAAUGCAUGACAUUUGCACUUAGCAGGGAAAUUGAAAUCCUUGAUCUUCUAAAUUUUGCAACUAAGGGUCAUCAGGUGUUAAAUGGUCAGCAGUUAACGUGCUUAUCACAUAUGUAUACCAGCCAAGAGAAGAGGAUUCAUUUUCCAUGAGCAAAUCCUCCUCAUUGAGACCUGCUAUUGGGUGCAAGCAAAGGUAAGCAUUACAAUUUCUACUGGUUUGAGCAUAUAUAUGUUGAUUUGCAAUUCACAUGUUUCUUUUACCUCGAAUUAUGUGGUUUGCCAUAUAUAAAUUAACUUUCUGCAAUUGCAAAUGGAAAUUGUUGUAUCAGAUACCCUUUACAGGCUGAACAAAUAGUCAUGUCAACAUGUAAAUACCAACUGAUUGCAGGCUAACUGAAAUUACAUGCAUGGUAUAUUUUUGGAGUUUUAGUCAUGCACUGUUUUUCUUCUAUACUUGUUCUUAGAACUUGAUUAGUCAAACAAUGGUUUAUGAGAUUAUAUAGUGUUGGAAGGUCCAACAUAGGAUUCUCUUGCAAUUCACUUUUCUAAAUUUUUUGUGUUCAAAUCUAUCUACAGUUUUAAAUAGCCUUUACUUGUGGGCUUUUAGGUGUUUAAUUUUCCAAAACGCAAAAUCUAUUGUGGUUUUAGAUGAUUAACUAUCAAAGAAACAUUAGGCACAGUUGCAGUGAUGUGCUAUUCACAAGUAUCAACACAACUAAGUGCACGUAACAAGGCUAGGAAAAAAAGCUAGGCGAGUAAGGAGUUGACUACCAUAACACAACCAAGCUGAGCUCUUCCACUGUGUUCUGAGGACUGCUUGUAGCUUUGUCUUCCCUUGCUUUUUUAAGGUUCUCAAAACCUUCAUUGAGGGCAACCAGUUAUACCAACAUGUGAAUGUUAGCUUGACUCGGCAACAUCCAUGAAGUAGGAUAUUGAGAAAGUCCUGCCUUUCGCCAUGGCUUAAUCUGUGCUAACUACCAAGAGGACUGAGGAGGUAGCUCUUUGCACAGUACGAGCCUCUACCUUAGAUAUAGUGAGGACAACCAAUGAAUGUGCUUGAUAUACAUAUAAUAUAGUAUUGUAAGAAAAUGUGUUGGAUAGUGAUGUUAUCGUGCAGACUAAGGAGACUCUGUUACCUGCACCUGCACCUGCACCUGUGUGAUAAACAUUCAUCACACGUGAUAGCGAGCACAAAGCAAUGCUACAAUGGCAUGCAUUGUUCUGAAGAUUUCAGUAGUUAAACAACAAGGGCAGAAGGAAUUCAGGCAUUUUUUUAAUAUCAAUGCUAACAUUGCCUAAUUGCAUACUUAUUUAAGUCCUUGAGACACUGGUUUCAGAGAAAAGCAAUUCCAGUUACAGCUUACAAGAGACAAAUUGUAAAGAGCAAGAAAGUCUUUUAAUUUUGGGCAGCAAUUGAAUGAAAGCAGCAGCAACAGCCUUGUGAGGGAGGGAACGUUACUGAAACCAAUCCUAGAGGAACUGAGCUCUUUUCAUCAACUUGGUGUUUUAAAUCAGCUCUGCCUUUGGCUUCUCAUUCAAAGUUGCAUUGCAAUGGCUGCAAAAGAACUAAUAAUUUAUGGUCAGAUUCCUUGAGCAUCACAAAGCUGCAUGGAGAUCUGUGUUCAGUUAAGCAAUUUUUAACCUUAAGAAUUAAUUACUACCAGAAACAUAAAGUUGGACUUGAAUUUUGUUCUCUUUGAGCUGCUGCUGCUGAGCUGAGUCUAGCUUCUUGGAAAGCUUGUUGUGCAGGCAAAAAGGCAAAUUGCUGCGCCGUUUUAAUGUCAACUGUUUGGUGGCAAUCUCACUGAGCGAGAGGAACACUUUUCUUGGCCACUUCCAUCAAUGGAGGUCAUUACUCACACAGAUCAUCAGCUUCUAAACCAGGUUGAUGGUUGAGGAAGAUGUGCAUGCAUCCAAAAUAUUGUUAUCAGACCACCAAAUCUUUUGUCUGCAUGUCCAAAUCCAAUAACUUACUGUAGCCACCAACGCCCCUCCUUGAAAAGAAAACCACCCUGGUUUUCUGAGCUCUAUGCUUUUCCUUUCUUGCUCCAUAAGAAUGAAUGCUCCCCUUGCUGCUUUUCUUCCCUCCCUCUCCCUUGCAUCUCAUGAGCCUUGCAUGGAGCUCGGAGGUGCGGUGAGCAUGGUGGAUGGGCUAGCAGUAGCUAGCGGUACUGGUUCUUCAGAAGGUGGCAGC